AUGGCUACGGGACUGGAGGCUGUUGGUGCCGCUAGUGCUAUCUUGUCAUUCAUAUCUUUCGCCGGCAAGAUUGUAUCGAUAAGCUAUAAGAUCUAUGAUGGCAUGCCUACGGAUGAGGAUGAGCUUGAAGAUUAUGCUGGGCGAAUGCUUGAUGCAUGCGAGCAUAUUCGAUCCAGGAGUCAGCACUUACAUCAAAGCACACCAUUGGCGGCAAGUAUCUCUGACAUUGCUCAAAAAUGUUUCCAACUAUCUUGGGAACUGCAAAAAGAGACUCAAAAUAUCACGAAACGAUACCAAAAGGGCAAGUUCCGUCGGGCAGUCUCUAUGGCCCUUCGCGCAAACGCCCACAAAGCAAAGAUCAAGCAACUGGAUCAAUCCUUGGAAAGAUACAAGAAAAUUAUGGAAACAGAAUUGUUGUCCAAAAUAUGCGACACAGGUACUGCGAUAGAGACGCAACAAAGUCAAACAUUUCCCAAACUAGAACGCGAUGUUCAAGAUCUCAUCUUCAAGAUCGCAAGCACACAAACAAAUAUGGAAAUUCUUGUUACAGAGGAAGCAAAGAAAACCCGGGAAGUGCUCAGUAUAAACCUUACCACCCACAUUAAAGAUUCCGAAACAAGGGCUAUCACAGACAACCAGAGACAACGACUUUUGAAAAGCCUCAAGCCAGCCGAUAUACGGAAAAGAUACCACGAGGUCCUAUCCCCAUCAGAUGCUUCUUUUGAAAGGGUCUUUGCAUCUUACGAACGCGUCUGCCUCAAGGACCCCGAACACAAAGACUGGAAAACGAUUCGGAGAAACCUCCCAGAUGAACCGUGUCCCACUAUGAGGUACGGCAAUGUCGAUGAGAUUGACUGCACCUGGCAUUCUUUCACUUUAUGGCUCCAAUCAGACAAUCCUCUCUUCUGGAUUCAGGGGAAGCCAGGAUCUGGAAAAAGCACCUUGAUGAAGUUCAUCAUUGAGAAUAAAAACACAGAACGUCUUUUGAAGUCUCAUAUCGCGAAUACGAGGGUCCUAUCAUAUUUUCUUUGGAAGAUAGGAAACGAAUCCCAGAACAGCAUCAAGGGUCUCAUAUGCUGUUUACUGCACGACCUUCUCGUCAGUAGCACUGAGAUGUUAGACCAGGCAUUGAAGCAAUUUCCAUCAUUGGAAUCAAGGGAUUUCUUCGAUGAGUGGUCAAGCGAGGAAGCUGAAAAGGUCCUCUUCUUCCUAUUACGCAGCCCAGCCUGCUCGACAUGCAUUUUCAUUGAUGGUCUUGAUGAGAUAUCUGAUAAAGAUGGGUUUGAGCCACUUACGAAACUAAUACAGAGUAUCUGUAAUAUCCCACUUGUUAAAGUUUGUGUCUCAAGCCGGCUUGAGACAGGACUCAUACAGAAGCUCGAAGCGUUAGGGGCGGGGAAACUGUGUCUGCAUGAUCUUACCAACCCCGAAAUGGCUGUCUACGUUCAGAAAGAGUUGGCAAGAUUCUCAGCCGGAGUGAUCUCGUCUUCUUUUGUUGAUAAAAUCAUUAUCGAACUACUUGUCAAGGCUCAAGGUGUUUUCCUCUGGCUUUUCCUAGCAAAGAACAGUCUCAUUACUGGGAUAGAAAAUGGAGACGACGAAGAAACCCUCAUGAGAAGACUAGAAGAACUUCCUAGCGAGCUUGAGGCAUUAUACGAGUCCAUGUGGUCCAGACUCAAUGCCAAAAACAAGGUGUAUCGGCAAACUGCAGCGAUGUAUUUCCAUUUCCUGUUAGCCAAAGGAUGGAAUUUUAAAGUCAUUUAUCCUGAUGUUGAAGUGCCUUUUACAGUUUGUGAGAGACCACGUGGGAUUCCAACAUUGGCCCAACUAUCGAUGAUGGUGAAAGUUGAGGAAGGCAGAAUGUUUCCUCCCGGAGUCAAUAAUACAUCCCUCUAUGACCUCAAAGUGUUAUGUGACGCCACAGAAAGGGACCUUAGUACUCGAUGUGCUGGGAUGAUCCAAGUUUCCAAGGCGCCGAUUUACAACGAAAUCGAUCCAGUCAUUCGUUUGGUUGAGUUCGUUCAUCGCACUGCUCAUGACUUUCUGGUCGAUACGAAGCCUGGGCAGGAUAUCCUCAGCUACUACAGCGGUAUGAAAAUGACUACCGACUUCCAGCUUAAGUUGUUUAAGUCUGAGCUAUCUGUAUAUCACACAAUUGGGGCAGCAACAUUUCCAGAACAUGCUAUCCACCAAUGUGUUGAACUGCAAAGGCAAGGUGUGAAUUACGAGAUGAUGGACCAACUGGUUCGAGUCAUGCAAUCUCUUUGGGAUCAAGGCCUUGCACACGAGCUUACAAAUAUGGAAGACGAUCCUACCAUUGCUCUUCGCGACAUCUGCCAUGAGUGGAACGUUGCAGCCACAAGACGUCCAUCAAUACUAAUGAUCCAACGGCUCAUUGCUCUGGAUGCAAGUCCACAUGCUGUUGGAGCAUCAUCACCACCACUAAGGAAAAGUGGUGGAUUUUACGCUGUAUUUACUCAAGAAACAUCUGCAUUUGAGUUGCUCUUGAGAGGCACUCUUAGCCGGCUCAUCGAUGGCCGUCGCGACGCUGUACUUGAAAUUCUUGAAGUCAUAGACAGUCUGGCUCCAUCAUGUCCUGAUUGGGGUCGAAGGAUCAUGGUAUUUUGUCAGGACGCCAUGUAUUGGAAGCUCUUGCUACAUGACUGGGAAUUUUACUGGCCAACGUGUGGUGGUGCAACCUUCGAAGUGAACAUGCAGUAUCUACUCAGGCGACUACUAGUUGCCGUAUCGUGUGAGGGGAUACCAACACAGAAUUAUAGAUUGCACGAGAUUGCAAACUCGGCCGUUGAAUCCUACUCACGAGUCCGGAAUAUUGUGCCGAGACAACGGGAUGACGAAGGAUACCCAUUUUGCUGCCGUGUUGUCAAUCAAGAACCAUUCAAGGACUUGUGUGACAAUAUGUUUGGGCCCCAAGACAAAGGUCAUUUAAACGUUGACGAUCUUAGAAAUGAAGAAUUCUACAGGAACCCCAAGUAUGACUUUCUGCUUGGUAGCUAUGAGCGGGUUAUGUUAGACGACGAAGUGGAUCAAUUAGCAUCUGAAGACCUUGGAUUUCACAGAAUAACCAAUGAAAGGAUUGCCGACAUGUCAAGAAAGAUGAAACGGUAUUGA